AUGGGUGCUGUGGGUGAUGUGGGCAGUUUCUCUCACGGCCUAGAGAGCUUCGGACACGCAUCCCAUUUUGUCCUGACGCCUGCGGGGGAUACUGCCGCCCUUAUGAAUGAGCACCUGGUCUCCGCGGAAAGACUCUCCCGGAGCACUUCCGCGGAUUUAACCCAUCUGAAAGGCAUCCUCCGGCGGAGACAGCUCUACUGCCGGACCGGAUACCAUCUAGAGAUCUUGCCGGACGGUACAGUUCAAGGCACUCGUAAAGAUCAUAGCAGAUUCGGUAUUCUGGAAUUCAUCAGUCUCGCAGUGGGAAUGGUGAGCAUUCGUGGGGUGGACAGUGGACUCUACCUGGGAAUGAACAGCAAAGGCGAACUUUAUGGCUCUGAAAAACUAACUGCGGAAUGCAUCUUCAGAGAGCAGUUUGAGGAGAACUGGUACAACACAUACUCAUCCAACCUGUAUCGGCAUGGAGAUAAAGGCUCACACUACUUUGUUGCAUUGAACAAAGAUGGAACGUCUCGGGAUGGUACUCGAUCACGGCGUCAUCAGCGGUUUACACACUUCCUGCCACGGCCAGUGGACCCUGACAGAGUGCCAGAGCUUUACAAAGAGGUAUUGGGCCAGAGCUGA